CGCCCUCCCCCGCGGGGUCUUCCGGCUGCCGCGCGUGCGGAGCUUCCUUUCUCGGCGGACAUCUUGGGAGCAGCAGCCGCAGCAUGCCGCCCAAAGACGAUAAGAAGAAGAAGGACGCGGGCAAGUCCGCCAAGAAGGACAAGGAUCCGGUCAACAAGUCGGGCGGCAAGGCCAAGAAAAAGAAGUGGUCCAAGGGAAAAGUGAGAGACAAGUUGAACAACCUUGUCCUGUUUGACAAGGCCACCUACGACAAGCUGUGCAAAGAGGUGCCCAACUACAAGCUCAUCACACCAGCAGUGGUCUCAGAGAGACUGAAGAUUCGAGGCUCUCUGGCCAGGGCUGCUCUGCAGGAACUGCUUGGUAAAGGUUUGAUCAAACUGGUUUCUAAGCACCGAGCCCAGGUGAUCUACACCAGAAACACAAAAGGUGGAGAUGCUCCUGCUGCAGGGGAGGACGCAUAGGAAGGUGGAAUUUCUGGGAACAUCAGCCCUCAGGAUUAGAAGAAUUUGCUGUUUUGGCUGCAUUGCCAUUUGGAUGGGGAAAGCAGCAUGAUCUUUCCCACCAUUGUGGACUGUAGAUCAUAGAUCCUUGCUGCCAAAGCAUGCCAUGACUGAUGCUCUUCUUUAAGGAGAGACUCUCAGUAAUUUUCUGUGAACUGCUGGUCUGAUUUGGGACUUCUUGCU